CACCAACCGCCAUUUUGAGGUUAGUUCACUAUUGAAGUAGUUGAGUGAUUAUCAGCUCGCUGUUAUUCAAAAAUGUCUGACCAGCUUUGUAAGCUUUUCGUCGGUGGACUAAACGUGGACACCGACGACGAUGGCGUGCGCAAGCAUUUCGAGCAGUACGGUACGCUAACCGACUGUGUUGUCGUCGUGAACAAGCAGCUGCAGCGGUCCCGCUGUUUCGGCUUUGUAACGUACUCCACACCGGAGGAGGCCGACGCAGCUAUGGCGGCUAGGCCGCACACCGUCGACGGCAACGCGGUCGAGGUGAAGCGUGCUGUGGCGAGAGAAGACGCCAACAAGCCAGAGGCCCUUGCAAAAGUGAAGAAAAUCUUCGUUGGCGGCCUGAAAGACGACAUUGAAGAGGACCAUCUGACCGAAUACUUCUCCCACUACGGUCAAAUCGAGAAGGCCGAAGUCAUCUCGGAGAAGGAGACUGGCAAGAAAAGGGGGUUCGGCUUUGUUUACUUCACCGAUCACGACGCAGCCGACAAGGCUGUUGUGGUGAAGUUCCACACCGUCAAUGGACACAAAGUUGAGGUAAAGAAAGCCCUGACCAAGCAGGAGAUGCAGGCGGCCAACAGAACCGGUAUGUCGCCGAGAGGCAGACCGGGAAGAGGCAUGAGGGGAAAUCAAAAUGGCUACGGCAGCAGGGACUACGGCGGAAACUACAACUACGGAAAUGGCGGAGGCUACAACUGUGGUGGUGGCUAUGGAGGGUACGGCGGACCUUAUGGGGGUGGCUACGGAGACCAGGGAAGUGGCUAUGGCGGUGGAAACGGCUACAAUGAGUUUGGCAGCGGCUAUGGCCAGCAUUCUUCUGGUUAUGGCCCCAUGAAAGGGCCACCCUUCGGUGGCCAGAGGAGCGCUGCUCCCUACACCAGAGGCGGCGGUGGCGGCGGCGGAUACCCGAGGGGGGGCUACGGCGGCGGCUACUAAAUGAGACUACACAAUGGAAAACCAACCACCCCACCCCCUACCAUAAAUUACCUCCGGCCAGGAUUUGGACGCUCAACUCAAAUUCAGUAACGGGGCGUCUGCCGUGAAAUCCAACAACGGCAGAGAUACGGACACAGACACCCCCUAAUCAUAAUGAAGACCUCAAAAACCCACACAGGUUGCUACGGUAACCUGGGUAACAUCACCCCGAAAAUGAUGGGGGUAUGGGUCUCUACGCCGACGGGGGGACCGGAGAGUGGUUGUGCCUUCUCCCCCUCAGGUGAAGUCAGUUUUCACAAAGGAUGGUGUGGUCUAAAUGCAUUUCUAACAGUGGUUAGAUGGUUUUUACAUGGUUUUUAAUCUGAAAUCUUUUAUUGAAGAUAUGUUGGGUUUUAAAUUUGGGGGGGGAUUUUGAUAACACAGUGCCCCCAUGCAAUCAAAUGUUCUUUUCCCACUGACCAGCACUGACUGUUAUUGGUGGACCUGUGAAGUGAUAUUCCGGACCAAAGCACCAAGUGGUGCUAGUGGUUUCCAACCUUUUUGGUCUGUGACCCCCUUAAAAUAAUGUACUUGUUACCCUUCAUCACAGGUUAGGGUCUUGGUGUGGACACGAGUUGUGGGUGAUUGUUUCCUUCUUGGGUUGUUUGAUUUAAAGGACUUUUUUUAAAUGCCUGAAAAGGUAAAGUAGUGAAUGCUUCAUUAUUAAGCAAGAAGAAAAACAACAUAUGAGAACUUUGUGAUAAAAAAUGUUGUCUUAUUAAUUAUCUUGUGACCUCUUGCAUUAAGACCACUGACUGAAGUGCUGAUGAUGACCUGGGAGAGAAAAAAAUUGCGUUUUGGGCACUGUGGGUUUCAAAAUAUAAUAAAUCUUUGAUUAUAAUAUGUCUGGUGGUUUUAAUAGUCUUCAGGGUUUUUUUGUUUUUUUAUAAAUUCCUUAACAGGCCAUGUGUGAGCUUGGCCACAGUAUGGUUGUAUUUUUUUCCAAUUCAUACUCACUCUUGGGUGUCUUUGUGCAACAAUUUUGGUAAUAUUUAUGGGUUUUUUUUGUCUCUAAAUUUUUCUGUGGUACAUAAUGAACAAUUACUUGUCUGUAGCCCAGAAAUCCAAUACAUCAGAGGUUGGAGGCUUAAGACACACUUGUAUUGAUGAACAUUUGUCUGCAGACUUGUUUCAAGACAAGGAACAGUAAUGGAAAGUGACCUCUUUACAUCCUCACCUGUACUACUCUCUUAAACUUAAACCAGACCCGGAACUGUGCAGUAAGUAACCAAAAACUGACUGUAGUUGAUUCAGAUCUCUCUGCAGCUUGAUGCACAGUGCCUGCAAAUUAAUUAUUGGAAACCGUAGAAGCUGCCAAAUGAACUGACUGAUCAUUACAUUACUAUCCUGUCUGUGGAUUUUAGAGGAUGGCGCGUUUCCCUUAUUACAGUGCACUUCAGCAGUUGAUGACAACAGGAGGUGUUGCAGAAUAUCAUGUGAUAAUGGUGCUUGACGAUUUCUGAUCAUCCCAUAGGAAAAGGAAACAUCUGUUAUGUUGGCCGUGCUUUUUAUGAAUCUACAAUAAAUCUAUAUAUUUUUAUACACCAA